UUUGCUAGCCAUUGCAACAGAAUUUUUGUUUUGGACCACCUUAAAAAAAGGACUGAAAUCCAGUCGGCGUCCACCGAGAUAACGUUAUCUUUUAUUGGCACUAUCUGCCAAGAUAAGUCUUUAGCCUCGACAAAAGUGAGUUUCCAAGUUCCUCAUUUUGGUUAGAGAAACAGUCCGAUGCUUUGCGAAAUGGAAUCAGGAAAAAAGGAAAUUAAGGAUUAUCGAAUCGGUGGUGAGGUAGGUUCUUGGAACUUCGGUAUUCGAUUUUUCGAUGGCUUGCGUGAUUCCAUUCCACCGUUCCUGCAUCUCUGGCGACAACGGAUCAUCCCACUGUAGUUUCAAUUUCCAAAUUUCUUGAAUCAGGAUCCGUGCAGAGAUUGUUAAUGGUGAGAUGAAACCCAUCGGGUCGUAAACAGUUGAAAUUUUACGAAGAACGAUUCUUUUCGUUACGGUUGUAGCAUUUGGAGUGGUCAAGUAGAACUUCGGUAACAUGAGUGUGUCAUUUGAUCGAGACCAUCUUAACCCAAGGAUUUUGAUGAAGGAAUUCUUGUCUCUUUCAUCGUCGAGGUUGAUUGUUGUUUGUACCGCUCUGUUGUUUGUUGCCCACUCUUGUAGUUUCAGGCCUGCUUGUUUCAUAAUGGCGUUUGCUUGAUUGUAGUAUUGAUGAGCUUCCUUUUCUGUUUCGCAUCCGGAAAUUAAGUUGUCUACGUAAAUGUUUUGAUCCAUGUCAAUGGCGAUUUUAGAUGAGGAUUCUGCCAAGUGCUUUUUGAUCACCGACAGCAAAAUGAAUGGCGAACUACUUGCUCCAAAUGGUAUUACUCGAAAACGAUAGGUUUCGAACUCUGAAUUUGGGUCCUUUCCAUCCUUGAUCCAAAAGAAUCUGAGAAAAUCUCGAUCUGCUUCGUGUAGUAGUAUCUGAUGAUACGCUUUCUCGAUAUCAGCGACGAGACCGAUGUUGUGUGUUCGAAAACGUAGAAGGAUUUCUAACAUGUUGUUUUGUAGAGAAGGUCCAACGUUCAAGCAAUCAUUUAAGCUGACACCCUUGUAAGUCUUGCAGGAGCAAUCGUAAACAAUUCUGAGAGGAGUUGUUGUUGAUUCUUUGAUUACUCCAUGAUGUGGUACGUAGUGACAUCCGCUCUUGAUGUUGAUUUCGUGAUGCGGUACCUUUUCAAUAAAUUCGUUUGCCAGUUGUUGUUGGAUAGUGGAAUCAUAUAAUUGUAAGUUGCUAGGCGUUUUCCCAAGUCGCUUUAUCAUGCUACGAGUUCGGCGUUCGCAUACGAAUUGAUUGGAUGAGAGAGUAGGAUGAUCUGUCUUCCAUGGCAGACGAGCUUGAUAUUUGUUUUGUUUGAAUUCGAUGCAGUUGUUCUGAUACUCACUGGUGAUGUCCAUGGCUUCUGUUUCUGGUUGAAUACCCAGCAUUUCUAGAUCCCAAAGUCUCGAAAUGUCAAAUUUUUCUUCCACGGACACGUUUAGCAUUGCCGUUUGAUCAGAGUUGUUUACGUGUAGGUUCGAUACGCAACCAGAUAAGAGAUAUCCGAGCUUCGAGCUUACAGCUGUGGGGCCUUGCCCACGCACUAUCUUGUCGCUAACGAUGUCCCAAUAAUAAUCUGCUCCUAUGAGGAUGUCGAUUCGGAACUGAGAUUCCAUUGAUGCUGGAUGUGCGAGUUGCAAAUUUCGCAGAUGAGGUAGGUUUCCGAUUAAGGCCCUAUGAGGGUCAUCCAGUGGAUCGACUAUGUGAUUGAUGACGAUAGCUUGUAUGUCAAUGGGACAGCCAUUGAUGUCUCUGAAUGAUACUUGCACGACAUCGUAGAUUUCUGCAUUAGAUGAAGCAGCAGCGAAACCGACUAACACUAGAUUUUCACGAAAUAGCGUUUUGAGUUGUAGUUUCUUCGCGAGCUCCGUAGUGAUGAACGAUCGUUGUGCUCCUUUGUCGAUUAGAACAUUGCCUUUUAAUGUGACACCUUUGGCUUGUAUGGGCACAACUGCUGUUUCUAGCAAGACGAAAGAUUGUGAUGCAAAGGAAUUGCGAGAUCCGUUUGCAGUUAGGGCCACGGUUGUGGGAUUUGAAGAUAAAAUGGUAGUGUUUGUUUCAACCCUUGGUCUCGUAGAUGAAUUUGUGUAAUUACCGUGUCGGCUGUUUGAAUGUAAACUAGUGUGAUGAGCCUUUUGACAUAUGCGGCACCGAAAUUUGGAUGGACACUCGUUGUUUGUUGACUGAUGGGAUCGUAGACAGUUAAAACAUAGAUGUUUACCACGAGCGAUAGUGUAUCUUUCCUCGGUUGUGACUACAUUAUUACAGUCUGUGGGAAAAUGGUUUCCUGUACAGUAGGCGCAAUGCUUAAUUCGUUUUCGUUCGGUUUCCACUCGCGAUGUUUUUGUAAACAUGACACCGGCUUGCUUGUUCGAUUCUGAAUGUUUAAUGAUGGAAUGAUCUGUUGAGUCUUCUAAAAUUUCAAUUUCUUUUUUCAUGGCAUUCCUUAGUUCUUCCAAUGUCCAUUCGAUCGCGCCGUGUUGUCUUGCUAAGUUGCGACGUAGAUCUGCGGUUAACUUAUCCAGUAAGAUGCAAACGAGCAAAUCACCAUACGAAUCCAUUCCUUUCCCUAGUGCUUCAAGUCCGCGUAUGUUUGCCUCUAGAUUAUCCACGAAUCGUCUCAAACUUGUCUUGUCCAAUCCCGGUUUCGGUAGAGAUAAAAAAGCGCGCAUGUGAGCCAUGAUGAUCUUGUGCGGUUGUCCGAAACGCUCUUUUAACAGAUCUACAGCCUUUGGAUAGUUGGCGUUGUUAGGUGUGAGACCCAUCAGUAGAGCUUUGGCUUCACCGGUCAAGCGAGAGUUUAGGAAAUUAAACUUAGUAGCAUCAGAGUAUUUAGUUUUGUUAUGGACUUCGACUUCAAAUACGUCCCAGAACGCACACCAUUGUAAAAUUGAACCAUCAAACUCGGGCAAGUUAAAUUUCGGCAGGUUGCUUGAAUCAGGAACAGCUAUUGUUGUAGCGAUUGGCGCGUGGGGGGCCAAGGGAACUGUUACCGCGUUGAGGGCGAUCUGAUCGUCGAUUGCUACCUUUCGCAGCUCUUCGAGUGCGUAUUCACCUGCAUCUAAGGCAUCCUUGAUAAUGGAGUUGGCUGAACAAGAGUUAUCAAUUUCCGCCUCCAGCUCGUCUUCACCGAUGGCUCCUUGAAUUUCAUCGUCCAACGCUUCAAUAGUUUUGAUUUUGUUGUGGAGAUCCAUCAAUUUUCUAUUCAGCUCGUGAAUUUUGCGUUCUUUUUCCAUGAGUCGAUCGUCGAUGAUAGCUUGUAUUUUCGGUAGUAAUCUCGUGACAGCACCACGAUUGCCUGCUCGCCUGCUGACGAGGGAAUUGAUGGACGCCAUCUUAUUACGUUUCGAAAAAACUGGUUACGGCACCAAAUGUCGAUAAUUUGUGAUCGACAGUGUGAAUAAGACACUAAAACUUUCAGGUUCCUACGCUGUGUAAUUUUCUGAUUUUCACUUGGAAUGAGAUAGGUUAAUGCACAGACACAAACUGAGUUGGGAGAGAGUGAGAGUUUGAGAGAGGGAGAAUCGUCACCCGGUGAUGGCCGAUUCGUCAGACUAACUGACCAUCAAACGGGUAGCAACUAACCGAGAAGAGAGAAACAAAAGAAGGGCGAGUUUGACCGCGUGGUUUUAGGGUGGCAAAUAAGGGUGGACGCCAAUUACGGGUGAAAGAAUGGAAAGGGGUGGAAAGAUUGUGAAAGGGUUGAGAAGUAAAGGACGACAUAGUUGCGAAAUAUGGAAGAUAAUUUCUGACAAUAAUAGGCCAGACUCUGGCCACAAUGACGUCGUCACCCCAUCGAGCAGCACUUCAUCACCAGAAUCAAAUUCCUGUGAGCUCAAUCAUCAAGCUGCAAUCGCUGAUUACAUCAGCGAUGAAAUCUACUACACGCAGCUGGAUGAAUCCUUCGCAAUGGAAAAGAUCCUGUCGAAAAAAGUUUCAUUCCAAGGGGAGAAUGUACCUGUUAAGGAUUUAGUUGGAACCAAGCCGGAAGAGCUCCUUUCCAUUCAUUCCAUAGACGAGCUGCUCCGUUCUAAAGAAGGAGAAAUCAAAAUUCCAUCGUUCGGUUCAUCCCAUUUCGAGGAAUCCCUUUACAUCAAGAGACGAGUGAAAUUGGCAUUUAACGAACAUUUCAUCGCUGAUCUAGCCAAUCGUUUGAGAUGCACUAAGGAACAACUUAAUGGGGAAUGCAGAAUUACUUCACAGGGCCAAAUCAAGUGGUUGGUCGAUGGCCAGCGCCGCAAACAAAUUUGGGAAAACAUAAAACAAAUGAACGACCAAACGUCAGGAAAAAUUGAAGAAGACAGUCAUUUGAUUCAGCUUGACGAGGAGCCGACUGAGCAUCCGGUUUUCAUCAUAUGCGGCGUGGCUGGAACAGGCAAAUCGACCCUCCUCUCCCAUUACUACAGUGAAAUAAAGAAGACGAAGCCUGAUUGUUGGGUUAUCAGAUUGAAUUUAGUUGAACAUUCUGACGCCAUAUUGAAAUUCGAUACAAAAAGACCUGAUUUCAUUGGAUUUCUCAUCGAUCAUAUACACGUCGUCGACAGUAAAAGCCCGUUUUCUCGCUCGUUGCUGAAUCACCGGUUCGAGACCGGCAAGCAGAUCGUCUUCAUGUUUGAUGGCUUCGACGAAAUCGGUGAAAAAUGUCAAGAAAUUGCGAUUCAAAUGAUGAAAUCCAUUAAAAAGAAGGGCAUUCAACUGUACGUCACUACCCGCCCUCACGUGGCACACCAUCUGCAACACGAAUUAGGUCAGUUGGCUUAUUAUUUGGAAAACUUCAACAAAGAGGACCAGAUCGAUUACCUGACCAAGUAUUGGAAGAAAGAAUUGAAACUGCCAGAUAGAGUGCAAGAUCGUGUGCAAGAAAUGAAGAUCAAGAAGAUCGAGGAAUUUGCAGAAUUGCUAGUGGAUAAGGUGUCGGAGACUCUGAAAGACGAAGAAAGAGCGUUUAUCGGAAUCCCUUUGCAAUGCAGAAUUCUCGCCGAAUGCUACCAGCAACAUGUUGACGACAUUCUGCGAAGCAAUGCUGGAAAUGAUGUAACUCUACAAUCUUGUGAAUUGGUAUCCAAAAAACUGUUGGCUUUACUUGACAACGAGAAAUUCGACUUAGUUAGUCUGUACAGCAGAUUGAUGGACACUAAACGCAAAGUCUUUCUACAAGAAAAAAGCAAAACCUGCUCCAAUCUGAAUAAGGAUGUUUCUAUAAAUAGUACGAUAGAGAAAAUCGAGUUUCGAUUAACUAAAUUGGCAGUCGAAACCAUCAUCACAGAACCAAAUAUCCUUGAAGUGUUUUGGCCAACGAAACCUUCGUACAUAUCCAGCAAAGAUGUGGCUCGAAAAGAAGAGAGACUUGCUAUCAACAGUCUGAGUUUUGGGUUAACGUUUUCUAAUGGAAAUGGAAUGCGACAUCAGUUCUUGCAUCGCACGUUUGCCGAAUAUUUAGUCGCCAAAUAUUUUUACAAAGGAUUUCAUCCCGAUGACGAACGUCACAACAAACUGCUGGAAAAUAAAUCCGUUCGAAAAUUGAUACUGAACGAAAUCUUGGCCUCAAAGGAAUACGACGGAGUUCAAGUGUUUUUCGAUUCCAUGGUGAAGACGUUGGUCGAUGAGGAUCAAGAAUGGCGUAAGAAGAUUAAUCACCGUGAUUUACCGGAUCGACUCACGAAGAUGAUGACUCACAAGAAGAUUAUUCUCCAACCUUACUUUAGGAAGGCCUUCACGUUUUCAGUUAGUAAUGGGAAAGGCAACAUAUUCCGAUUGUUUUGUGACUGUCUUGAUGCGACAUUCGAAAGGAAAAUCUUUCGAUUGGUAAUGGAUCCCUUUUACGGAUCGUCAAACAAUUUUUUUUCGCUCACUUUUUUUGAAGAUAGCAAGUUCUUUAACCGAUUCAUCAGUUAUUUAGACAUCCUUGAUCAGUCUGUUACAUACGACUUGGGCGUCAUUACGUCUGUUAUAAAAUGUCUUCUAGAAGGUAUGGUGCCUAAUAAUGAUGGUAGGUUACUUAUAGAAAGAAAUUCUCUCUGGAACCGAGAUGGGCACCUGCAAACGAUGAAUGACUUUUUGGAGUUUUUGGAAAAACAGAAUGUGGCUUUCGACCGUGUUUGUUCCCUUAGAGAUAGUGAAUCAUUUACAGCUUUUGAUAAUUUACAAACUAUCAUCCCGAGAUUUCUUUUAUAUUUGAUUUGCCACGACAAAUAUUGUAGUCAUCUGGAAAGAUUUAUGAAGCUUUUGUCCAAAUCGAAAACGUAUUCCUACGAUUUGGGCGCCAACUUAUUCAUUCAAGUUUUUCAGUCUAAAGAACAAAUGAUGACUGGUCAAAUUGCCAAAACGCUGAAGAUUUUAAAGAAAUUAGGGCGGUCUACUCUUCUCGUUAAACUUUACGGCGUAGCUUUACCAAAAGAGCCGGAAGCAUUUCGGGAUAUUUAUCAACCGUUUCGGUUAGAGGAAGUGGGCGCCAUCCCAACUGACCGCAACAUCCUGUUGAAAAGGGAUGAAUAUGGCAUGACUCUUCUUCACGGAGCAGCCUUCUACGGAGACGUCGAUAUAGUCGAGCAAAUAUUAGCAAGAUUUCGCCAGCCGGAACUCGGCGAUGGAGCUAAAGAAGAACUGCGCAAGGUGGUGCUUGAGGGCUACACACCGUUUUACUUUGCCGCAGUAAAAAAUCACGAGCAAGUCUGUUCCAAACUGUUGGCCUUUGUCAAAGACUUUCCCGAUGCACCGACGGGCAAGUUAACUGGGUUAAACAUUCGUCAGCCACUUGAUCACGCCAUGAAAUCGGAAAAUGUAGGAAUGUUUCAACUGAUAUUGAAUGUCGUCAACAAAGAUUUAGGACAUGAUUGUCUACUAGACCUGUUAAUAACCGAAGUUCCAUUUACAUCAUCUUGUAUUUUCUCUUGCUGCUUCCCGAAAAAAUUAUUCAACGCCAUGGUGAAGAGCAUCAUCAGUCGAGAAGGCGUUGUAGACUACAAAUGUCUGCAUGACUUGAUUUUCAACAAAAAGGGAAUGCUAGACUUUGCUUUAGAACGCAUGGAUGCCGAACAUGUUCAGGGGUUGUUAUCAGUAGAAGGCGUUGGUCCCUUCAUCAAUCGUUUGCUUACGGAUGACCUAAAGGGGAAUUUCGAUCUUUUGUCAAGUUAUCUGUUAAAGAAUUUUAACGAAACACAACUCUGGGAUUUCGUGAAAAUGAUUACGCUUAAAGAUCCGCCGAAUGAUGGCGGAACGACAACCGUUCACGCCAAGCGAGUUGAGCUGAGGAGCAGCAUUUGGGUAGACUUCCUACGAUCGACAGCCAAUUUACCUGGAGGGCGACUGGAAGCAGUGCAAGUCGAAACCAUUUUAAAGUGUUUGACUUGCGUAUCGGAUAAACUCGGAGGUGAUUUCGCUAAAGAAUUAUUGCUCCAUCAAGACGAUUGUGGCUACGUUGUUCUUCAUCUGUCGAAAGAAAUCGUCAAACGGAUGUUGAACUGUUUACCAGAGAAAAACCAAGAGGAAAUUAAAAAGGAGUGGAUGGAAAAUGGUCCGCCAAUGACACACGACACGUUCAUCAACUACGACUCUAAGGGUUACGAGGAUAACUUUCAAAUCGCCAGACAUUACAGUAAUAUUCUACUAUUUUACUUGGUUUAUGGCGGCGAAAAGCAGCUCGGCCAAUGCGUUGAUAUUCUCACAUCGGUUCGUUUGAUGGACACACAACAGCGCAGUCUAUGGAGUUACAUCUUUGAACAUUGUGAGGUUACGACGACGAACGACAUAUUGAAAUCUGUGCCGGAAAUUUUCGGUUGCGAGGCCUUGAAAAAGUUGCUGUUUCACGAAAUGGACGGAUCUCCUCUCUUACUGAAAGCUUUAUCGUGGGGACAUGACAUUGGCGGACGGCUGGACAUGUUUCCACAAGAAAUACGAAAGGUCGUUCAACAAGUUAUUGAACAAAAAGCUGCCGACUUCAUUGAUCAAGUGUUUCUCCAUCCCGGGACCUAUUUCAACGAACUGCUAGGUCGACGUUUCAAACGACUAACGCUUUUAAAAUUUUUAAUCGAUUACAGUAAUGACAGACAACGUGAACAGUUUUUACACAAUAUCACACAUGGGGAUACACAAUGUCACACAUGGGAAUGGCGCAGUAUAUGGACUUGGGUUAUUCUCCCUCAACGUAGCGACAUAUUUCCUAUUGAGAUUCCAGAACUGGACACAUUUUUAAAAUGCGUUUCCGAAAAACUGGGUACAAAAGCCGUCAAGGAGUUGGUGCUCCAUGAAUUCAGAUAUCAACCUGUCAUAUAUUAUCUUGCGGAAGAAUCGUACAGGAAUGAGGUUGAUGUGAUGCUCGCCUAUUUGGAUGCAGUUGAUCGCACACAGAUUCAAAGUCAAAUCAAUGAAUUUUUACGCAAAACUCACAGGCGCACCUCAGACUUUUUCUGCAACAAUAAUUGGAAUUCAGAUGAUGACCUUUGAACGUACGAAACUGGAAUCUUUUGGUUGCAAUCUCGUCCGUUUCCCAGACGGAAUGACCCACGCUACCAACAUUUUUUUUAUUUCGUUUUUUGCGUCAUGGCCGAAGGGGAAUUUGGGGGAACUUUAACUUUUCAAUAAUCACAGAAACUAAAGAAGGUCUGCAAACACGUUUUGGAGAAAAUUUUACGUUCAAAUUGGUCUCUUGACAGGCUUCGAAGAAGUAAAGACAAACGAGAUAAAAAAAAUUAAAAUUGCACUAUGACAUACAAGUAGAAUGUAUUGCUGUAAAAAUUGAUGUCUAAAUACAAGAUAAAUUGACGCAUUCCAGUCCUCAUACAAACAUUCAUUUAUUACUAAGACUAAGUUUUAGUGAUAAACAGAAGAGCCAAUCACGAACUAGCAGUCAGCCAUCACGAAUGAUUCCUCUUUCCCCUUUUUCCCACUCGUCUGACGGACUGAUCGUAAAUCGGGAAUAGACUGCGGUCGACGACAAGGUCACGCUGAAAGCAAAACAACUCGCCUUUGCUUGCCAAUGUAAACAGCGAACAACUUUUAUUGCCCGGCAAGAAACGACGUUUUCCUUGCAAUUGCCUCUACAAUGUCACUAUGUUAUUGACACUGAGCAGCAAACUAGGACUAGGGUUAUUUUUAAACUAGGAAAAGAGUUGUCAAUGGCUACUCACGCAUCUUACCUCGAGAGUAGAGGCACAAGGAAUUUUAAUGGAAAUGCAUCUUCAUCUUAAAUUUGGCAACAGCUGACGGCUACUUCACAGCCAUUGAGUCUGAGUUAACAUCAGAGCAUUUAUACUGUAUUUCAAUGUUUUAACGCUUCGUUCAACCGAAUGUGGCAUCAUCUACUAGAGACGUCACGUUUCCGAUCGCUGAUAAAGCCGAUAGUUGAGCGAUUUCGGGAGUGCGGUAAUACUGUGACGUUGUUGUGCAGAUCGUUCGCUUCUACGCCAGAUGUCAUCUGCGACGCCUAUCGUGAGGCGAAGAAACACACCUCCAGCUCAACAUUUCAUAGCUGCAAGUCACGCUACACGAACGCUUCUUCGUCUGCUUGGUGCCUCGUGAAGCAAAGGGUCGAACGCGUUCAAAUUGGUGACGAGUGCGUUUACGUUUAGUAUGAAGCUUGGCAAUCGUGCGUGUGAAAAGCAACUAGCCAAAGAAGUUCCUCCGCAAAAAUUUUAAAACGGUUCGAGUUCUUGCUGAAGACAUCACGUGUAGAAGAA